AUGGGAGACUUGAAUCCGACCUCAGACAUCCCUACACCUAUCUUGCAUUCAAGAUUUCUAGAAAAAGCUCUUCACAUAAACUCUUCGACAUCACUUAUUCACAGUUACAAAAGUAUUUUCAAUGGUUUUGUUGCCCUAUUGACCAAUGAUGAGGUUCACCGGAUUUCUGCAAUGGAAGAAGUUGUAUCAGUGUUUCCAAAUAGAAAAAAUCAUAUGCACACUACAAAAUCAUGGGACUUUUUGAAAUUUCCUCAAACGGUUAGCAGAGUGAAAAAGGUUGAGAGCAAGAUCAUUGUUGGAAUAAUAGAUUCUGGAAUUUGGCCAGAAUUAGAUAGCUUUAGUGAUGUUGGAAUGAGAUCGCCGCCGAGCAAAUGGAAGGGAUCGUGUCAUGGGCUACGGAAUUUCAAAUGUAACAACAAAAUAAUUGGAGCAAGGUACUACAGAAGAAAUGGCAAAUUCUCCCAAGAGGAUAUUAUUUCUCCAAGAGAUACCAUUGGUCAUGGAACUCAUGUAGCUUCAAUCAUUGCCGGAAAUCUUGUUAGUUCGGCGAACUUUUAUGGUCUUGGACAAGGUACAGCACGAGGAGGAGUCCCUUCUUCGAGGAUUGCGGUAUAUAAAGUAGUUUGGACUGAUGGUUCUGAUGACACCGACGCCAUUCACUCAUUUGAGGAUGCUAUCAGUGAUGGGGUUGACAUAAUAUCAAUUUCUUUAGGAUCAAUUAUUAUUGAAAACUAUAUGCAGAAUUCAAUAUCUGUUGGGAGUUUUCAAGCAAUGAGAAAAGGAAUUAUGACAAUAUGUUCUUCCGGAAACAAUGGUCCUCGACAUAGAACUGUCGUGAAUGUUUCUCCAUGGGAUCUUACUGUGGCAGCAAGCUCAACUGAUCGAAAGAUCGUGAACUAUUUGAAGUUGGGCAAUAUGGAGAGUUUGUUGGGAUCUUCAAUGAAUGCGUUUGAUCAGACUAAUUUCUCCACUUUGGUGUAUGCUGGUGAUGUGCCAAAUAUUAGAGAAGGGUUUUCUCCUGAUACAUCAAGACUUUGCCGAGAGACUAACUCACUAGAUGCUAGAUUUGUAAGUGGUAAGAUUGUCAUUUGUGCUGAACAAAAUAGAGGGGACGCAGCUCUUUUCGCUGGUGCAAUUGGUAUGGUGAUAAUAGACCCACGCUACGAUCUUUUCGAACAUAAAAUGACAUUUGCCCUCCCGACAACCGUUUUAAACGAGAAAGAAUCAAACAUAUUCAUGAGAUAUUUCCAAAACUCAAGGCAGCCAGACUUAUCUGCACCUGGUGUUAGAAUCUUGGCAGCAUGGUUACCUACUAGAUCUCCUUCAACGUCGAUUUUAGAUACAAGAAGGUUGUCAUAUAACAUUAUAUCGGGCACGUCAAUGGCAUGCCCGCAUGCUGCUGCUGCAGCCGCGUAUGUAAAAUCCUUCCAUCCAUCUUGGUCUCCGGCUGCUAUAAAAUCUGCACUUAUAACCACUGCCUCCGAGAUGAGUGUAAAGACAAAUCCGGAAGCAGAAUUUGGUUAUGGAGCAGGCCUAAUAAACCCUGUAGGUGCCAUUAAUCCUGGCCUUGUGUAUGAUGCAAAUCUAGCUGACUAUGUGCAGUUCUUGUGUGGCCAAAACUACACCAACAAACAGUUGAGCCUUAUUACGGGUGACAAAAUCGCUUGCACUCAUUAUGGGAGUAAAACUUCUUUAAAUCUUAACUUGCCUUCAUUUUCCUUUCCCAUCGUUCCGUCAAAUACUCCUUUUAAUGUCUCCGUUAAUAGGAGAGUUACCAAUGUAGGAUCAUUAAGAUCUACAUACAUCGCCAAGAUUCUUACUCCGCCUACAUUCACAAUACGAGUUGUACCGAGCACACUUUCUUUCACUAACGUCGGAGAAAUUAAGUCAUUUACAUUGAUUGUUCAGGGAAUAAUGGAUCGUGUGACAGCGGUUUCGGCUUCUUUGUCAUGGAUAAGUAGCACAAACAAAUCUCCAAGAGAUACCCUUGGACAUGAAGCUCGUGUAACUUCAAUCAUUGUCGGAAAUUUUGUGAGUUCGACAAACUUUUAUGGUCAUGGAGAAGGUACAACACGAGGAGGAGCUCCUUUGAGGAUUGCUGCAUAUAAAGUAAUUUGGUUCGAUGGUGCUUAUGACACCGACAUCAUUCACGCAUUCGAGGAUGCCAUCAACGAUAGGGUUGAUAUAAUAUCAAUUUAUUUGGGAAAACGUUAUAAUGAAAACUAUAUGAAGGAUUCAAUAAUUGUUGGUAGUUUCAAGCAAUGA